AUGAACCAUAUUCACCAACAUGCCAUAGACGCAUCGGAAUUUGUCUUUGAUGACAUGAUGCAAAGCGUCCACAUCGACGAGAAAUGGUUUUUUACAACCCGGGUGAAGCGGUUAUACUACUUGGCACCUGGCGAGGAACCUCCUCAUAGAACCUGCAAGUCCAAGCGCUUCAUCACGAAGCUCAAGUGCCAGCUCAGCGAAAAAGCCGCAAUCGUCCGGCAGGAACAAUGCAAACAGUUCCUGUUUAGUGUGACUCGACCGGAAGUGGGAGAAGCAUCGUUAUUCAACAAGACAACGCCCGCCCGCAUGUGCCAGAAUGCGACGCUGAUAUCGUCGCAGCGUGUCAAAGAGAUGGCUGGGACAUGCAGCUGA